AUGGCGUCUCUUGCAAACACUCUUGUGUACGGUCCUCCGUUUUUAACUGAAGACGAUAUUCCGGGAAGUUCAUUAAACGGAAGAGAUCCGAAUCGUUUAAAAAAUUCUGAGCUGAAGUUUUGGUUGAAAUGUCGCGGGGAUAGCUGUAAAGGAUUAUCGACCAAAGCGCAACUUUGGAAGCGGUAAGAUAUGUGUUUAUGUUGACUUCAAAUCAUUGCUGUGGUUGCUAUGGCCUUGAAUCUUACUGGAUUCAUUCCUUUACAGAGUCAACGACUACCUCCAAGCAAAUGUUGCUCAUCUCCUUGUGGAUCCGGAUGAAAACUUUAUCUACACAAGGCGUAAACAGAAUCGUAACAGAGUCUGUACUGAGGACCAAAGAGCCGAAUCCGCCGAUUCCGACUUGUCGACUCCGCCGGACCCGGACAACACAAAGAACAUCGCUUUUCCUGCGAACGGAUGGGGUACAUCCCUUGCCAAAGGCCCGAUGUUUACUCGUGCAGAAUUAGAGAAACAUAUAAGUGAUUCUGGAAAAAAGCAUCGACAUGGUGAGCAUCAUUCGCUGCCCACAGGAUUACAAAAAGCCAAGCAGUUUCUGGCUGAUGAGUAUUUGCAUGAAAUACAAACGCACUCUGAUCAGAGGUAUUUUUACUUCCGUGCUAAGUGUUUUCAUAGUUUCAAGGUCAAUGAAGCACCGCACAACUUAAAACUAGCACUCUGUAUGGUGACAGGAAAUGUGGAGUAUGCCUACUGUGGGCCAAGUUGUGCUGCAGGUAAAUCUGGUUUUUGCAAUCACAUUCUGGCUUUAAUGAUAAAAGUUUGCAAAUACACUAUUUAUAAUUGCAAAGAUGUGCGAGAUUUGAAGGAUGAGGAGGAUGAAAAUCCAACCAGUGCAUGCACAUCAGCUUUGCAAAAUUGGCACAAAUCAAGACUAGAAGGUAUCCGCUCCCAGCCUGUCAUGGAUGUGGUUGUUUCAAAUCCUGCAAAUAAUGCUGAACGUGUCAAAAAAACAGGAGUAACUUGUCUUCUGACAGAAGCAAGAAAGGGAGAAAGUGAUCAGAAGAGGAAGCUUGAACAAUUACUACAUUCUCUUGAGCAGCAUAGCUCAACGCUUGGCAUAACUCAAGUGGUUGAUCCCUCGAGUAUUGAUACAUCACCUGUUGUUGACACUCGUUUUGGGCAAUGCCCAGUUGGGUCAUUUGGAUCGUAUCAGCUUUCCUUUACUGAAUCGAACUUCACAUUUGUAACCUUGUUUGAUGGAUUUGACUGUACAGAACACUGCACAGCAAAUGAAUUCCCGGCCUACCCUUCGUUCCCAUUGGAUGAUUUCUGCGGAUCAUUUCAGACCCCUGACAACCUCACUGUUAAAGAAAUGGAACUGCUGAAGAGCUUGACUGUUGGUGUUAUAGAGGCAAACAAAAUGGAAGAGAAAACCAGAGAGCAAGCAAGUUGUGAGGAAUGGAUGCGAGAAAGAAAAUUGAGAUUCACUGCCUCUAAUUUUGGAAAAAUUUCUCGAAGACAGAGGAACCACAACAAAUUUGUGGAAGAUCUUUUAGCACAGAAGACAUUUUCUUCAGCUGCUGUAGAACAUGGCAAAAAGUAUGAGCCGGUGGCACUGAAGGAAUAUGAGAAACAUAUGAGGAAAAUGGGAAAACCUGUAAAAGUGUUAAAGAGUGGACUGUUUGUUUCUCCGAAGGUUCCAAUUUUAGGAUGUUCCCCAGAUGCCAAAAUCAUUGACUUGAGCUGCAAAGACAGGUUUGGGCUUGGUGAGGUAAAAUGCCCAUCGUCGAAAUUCCAUGUGACUCCCCUCGAGGCUUGUGAUGACCCUGGUUUCUUUAUGGAAAACAAAAAUGGGAAGCCAUCUUUAAAAAGAAGCCAUGUUUACUACGAUCAGGUGCAAGGACUUAUGGGCCUAUCAGGGGUACCAUGGUGUGACUUUAUUGUUUACACUAGUAAAGGACUAAGUGUGGAGAGGAUCAAGUUUGAUCAGGACCACUGGAACAACUUAUGUGGAAAACUAUGUGACUAUUAUUUCAAGCACUUUCUUCCAGUUGCUGCUCUGUAA